UAUGUUAAAGUACCUAAAUACCCAUGGAGAGAGAUUCAAAGUUCAAACUCACCUAUAUAAAAGGACUCCAAAAUGCACAGGAUCGCCCAACCUCAUCUCGGUCUGAGAAAUGAUUGAAAAUGGCCGCUGCCUUGAAGAUAGCAAGGAGUACUUCAUCCCACGGAAACCAACCAAAGCUGGUGGAUGGGACGCUGCCAUUUUCAUCACCUUUGUGGAAGUGGCAGAGAGAUUUGCGUUCUAUGGCUUGGCUAGUAACCUCAUCACGUACCUUACUGAAGAACUCCAGGAGUCCAACUCCACUGCUGUUAAGAAUGUAAACACUUGGCUCGGUGUGUCGUAUCUUUUCCCCAUACUUGGAGCUUACAUAGUCGACUCUUUCCUCGGCCGCUUCAACAUCAUCCUUGUGGCCUCCAUCAUCUAUUGCACGGGAAUGGCUUUGUUAGCCUCAUCGGUCUCAAUAAAACCAUUGAAUCAGCGAAAAGCAUUAUUUUUCACAGCGCUCUACAUAAUAGCAGUCGGGAAGGGGGACACAAGCCAUGCGUGCAAACCUUCGCGGCGGAUCAGUUUGACGAGGACUUGCCAGAGGAGAAGAAGGCCAAGAGCGCUCAUUCUUCAACUGGUGGUAUUUGGGUCUAAAUAUUGGAGACUUCAUCCACACUUGUAGUGGUAUACAUAGAGGAUAACGUAAGCUGGGCGGUAGGUUUUGGAGCCUUGGCAGCGGCAAUGGCAGUAUCACUGCUAGUA